GUGCAUGGUACAGACCAGGCCCCCAUAUUUCUUAAAAUUGCUCUCUUCAGAAAGAAACAUUGUACGUAUGAGUAGCAAAGGAAUAUAUGCACGAUACAUGUUUAAUAACGUCUCUAUACGCCCAAGAAGAGACAAAGUUUGUAAAGUUUAAUUCCAUGACUAUGGAAUUCCUGUUCGUCAGGAUGAGAUUGCGCUUCAAAUAAAAAGGUAUACAAACUCUGUGCAUUGAAUCGUCGUGCUUGGCGAGACUUAUCGGAUAAUUUCUGAAGCUGUUUAUGAACGUAUUGAUCAUCAGCUCCCGUGCUUGAUAACUUUAAUAAAGAGGAGCAGAGGAAAAGGACAAGAUUUGAUAUCCAACUUCAACAUGGGAUGUCGCUCUGGAAGAUGCCAUCUUCGCAAAUGGGCCGCGGAUACUUCUGACUUACACGGUCUCAAGCAUAUAGCAGGAUCUGGAAACUUAUUUCGCCGUCUCGUCUGGCUGUGUCUCUUCCUGACUGCACUUGGUUUCUGUAUUUACGAAUGCUAUCUUGUUUUUGUGGGAUUUUUAUCCUUUAACCAUGUCACUCAGGUCGAUGUCUUGUAUAGCACCGAAGUGGAGUUUCCAGCAGUGACCGUCUGUAAUAUUAACAAAUACAGGGAAUCAGCCUUUACAGAGGAUGAUAUUAAAAAUGUCGGCGUUCACCUAGGUAUCAUCGAUGAAGAUCAUAACCUUCUCUUGCCUGAGCUUUACACUGAUGAGUUCAGAGAUUUCAUUGAUUCUGUUAACUGGACUGUCGUGGAGGAGGAUCCUGAUUACAACAUGACCGACUUCACCAUCAGAACCGGACAUCAGAAAGAAGACAUGAUACUUUCGUGUUUGUGGAAAGAGGAACCGUGUGAAGAGAGCGAUCUCCAACAUAAACUAACACAUCUCGGGAACUGCUACUCGUUCAAUCUGCAAGGAGAAAACUCGGAUGAAGCCGACUGGAAGCACUCAUAUGCUGCGGGUGCAGCCAAUGGCUUACAGCUCAUCCUGAACAUGGAGACUCCCGAGUAUACCCCGACCAACGAUCUAGACGGAGGAGCCAUGGAUGCGGGUCUUCGGAUCAUGUUCCACUACCCGACGGAACCCCCGUACCCCAAGGAACUUGGCUUCGCAGUCGCCGCGGGAGAUCACUCAUUCAUCUCCAUGCGGCAUGAAAAGAUCACGAGUCUACCCGACCCUUACUCCGAGUGCGAGUCGGAUGGCGCGGACAUCAUAACCCACUUCGACCACUACUCCCUGCAAGCGUGUCGGAUAGAGUGUGAAACCCUGGUCGUCGUGGCCGAGUGCGGUUGUCGCCUCCCCGAGAUGCCAGGCGAUGAUGAUGUAUGCGGUCCAGCUGAUUUACACGAGUGCGCGCACCCUACUUUAGUUGAAUUUAUCACUGGGAACUUGGAUUCAGCAGAGAGUUGCGAAUGUUUCUCGCCCUGUGAAGUGGAAAAUUAUCCGUUUACCCUUUCAACUAGCAGACUGCGCUUGACCUACCUUGAAGCACUCUUUGCGAACACCAGUACAAACUUCACAGCUGCAUACAUUGGCGAAAACAUCGCAGUGGUAUCGAUGUACUACGAGGCUUUAAAUUUCGAGACAAUCGACAUGUUGCCAGAGUAUACUGUUGCAACAUUGUUAGCCGUUCUUGGAGGUAAUCUUGGUCUGUUCUUGGGUGCCAGUUUCCUGACAUUGGCCCAACUCGGAGAGUACUGUUUCGAUGAGGUGAUCGGCUGGUGUAUCUGUACGCCAAAAAAAGAAGACGAUGAUAAAAACGACGGUGGAAACAAAGUCGAACCCGUUUCUACAGUUACGGCUAUGGAUGCUUGGGGUGCUCAAAAGCUCUAGAAUAGGAAGAUCACGCGAUGCUAUCCAAUCAGAAUGACCCCUUGAGUAGUAAUAGCUGGUACCCUCAUCAUGAUUGGAUAAACGUUCAUUAGCUAAAGGUUCAAGGGUCAAGCCCUCAACGGGUUAAUGCCAUACAUGGUACUCUGUUCCUUAUUGUUAAACACUGAUUAGCGAAAGUUGAUUUUUAUUCUUCCAAUGAGGAUCAACACAUGGAGGUGUUAGUCGUGCAGCCUGAUAUCCUACUCCUGAUUGGCCGAAGGCAUAUUGGCUAAACUUUUAAUGGCCAAUCAGGUGAUAUUUUUGAACGAAUAAGCUGCGCUGCACUGGUACCUUACUCCUGAUUGGCUAAACACUAAAUAGCUAAACCGGCAGGGGCCAAUCGGGUUCUGUCUCUAUCAUGUCUACAGGAGCUAUCUAAACCCUCACCCUUUAUAUCGGCAUAACGGUUGGAAGAAGAGCCGAACUACUGAUUGAAGAUUGGAUAGAACAUCAGCUAUACAAAGACGCCAAACCGUCCAUGUUUGGAGAUAAAGAAAGAAAAUACAUACAAUUGAUUUUUCGCAAUCACGUAAAAAGAUCUAUUCAUGAUGUUAAACCUACACUAAAUCGAAAUAGGACAACACUAUUGCAGGCGUUUGAACACAAACACAUCCAUACUUUAAACAAAAAAUAUUUAUUAAAGCCUUAUUUCAUUGUUACAUUGCCUCGAAAAUAACUUACCUCGGUGUCAUCAUAAUGAAGAAUUAAAAAGGUUUACAAUAGAUUUCAUUUUAGUGAUCACUAAAGCUAGAUAUUUCAAUGCAAUAUGUGUUUUAUAAGUGCAUUAUCAUGUAAAUAAAACAGAAGGACAUGUGAAUAUUCACAUAAUGAGAUACAUAAUGCAAGGUGCAUUGUCCGCUUACAAAUGAUAUCAUGCAUUGUAAAUAUUCACGUAAAUUAUAUUUUAUCUUUUCCAAUUAUUGAGAAAGAUUAAAAAAUUGGAAUAAGACACACAAAAUGUUGAGUACGACUUCACAGAUGUAGGGAGCAGUAUACAUUCGUUAUUAAUAAAAUGUGAAUAUUUUUCGAUACGAUAGAUAAUACAAAGCCAUUGACGUCGUUUUCUGGAAGGGAUAGGUUAUUGUGUAUUUUCCUACUACAAAGACCGACGACUUAAAUUGAAUCAGUCUUGCCAAACGCACAAGUAAUUGGUACUCGUUUCAAGUAUGUCAUCUUACCAUGUACAAAACAAACGAUCACCUUUUAUAAAACGUACCCACAUUCUGUUUCAGUGCAUGCAUGUGAUAAUAUGUGAUUAUAAUAUGUACAGUGUAGUUUUGCUUUAAAUGAUAGUGUGAGGUAUUUUCAGAAACACCGAAUAGAAUAAGAUUACCAUCAUCUUACUUGACCAAAGGCCCUAUAUAUAUAGUUGUAUUUAUCUUUUAUUUUGUAUUUACUAUGUGGCUUGUAUUAUUAAUGUAAUCUUACUUGUGUGAAAUGUACAGUAAGUUAAUGAUUAUUAUGAAAAUAAUUUGCUCUCAUGUGUAACAAUAUAUAUACAUGUAUAUAGCAAUAAACCAUGAUUGGCAAAUAUA